AUGGAUUGUCUCUCUUCUCUCUUUUUCUGCAUUCCUAGUCAAGGCGACACAGUUCACCAGCACAACGCAGCGCCCUCCGAAAAGGCCGUCAUCGCGAAGCAGCCUGUGCCGUACUCCGACGACGCGGCAGCUCAGUUUGUCGAAACGCUUCGCACUGCCGAAAAGCCUGGCAAAGAGCUCGAAAAUCGCCUGAAGCAGAUUGUCUCUGCCAACGGGUGGACGGAGAACUUGGCACAGUCCAUCCUCCACGGCCUUGAGAAGCUCUUGAAGGACGGCGCUGCGACGUCGUCUGCCAUGACGGAGGCCAUCGAGAAGGCCACCAAUACAGCCGAAGAAUUCUCCAAAGAGAAUCCGCACUAUACAGUUCUGAUUGCAGCGGGGACACUGAUUGCCCUGGGAGUCCUCAUCAUGCUUGCGCCGUGGGUGUUGGAGGCACUCGGCUUCGCUGCGAACGGUCCCCGACUGGGCAGUUUCGCAGCCGCAUGGAUGAGAUCGAUUGGGCGGGUUCCAAAGGGUUCCCUUUACGCCUGGCUGCAGCGCAUGGGGAUGACAUGGAAACAGAGUAUCACGACAUUAAAACGGUACCCCGCCAUGCUGCCCCGUCCCCGCCAUCAAGUUAGUCACCAUUCACCACUCACCACAUGCAAGGUGUCGUGUCUACUGACCCGACAUCCCACCAUGCCUCUCCCCACUUCCUCUGUCUUCCAGCCGUCCUCGGCCGACUUUGCCAAGUUUCCUUCUCGUCGAAGUGUAGUUCACAGCACCCAAGGAAUCGUCGCUUGUCCUCAGCCUCUAGCUGCGAAUUGCGGCCUCGAGGUCCUCCGAGCUGGAGGCAAUGCUGCUGUGACUGCCGGCCUCAACGUCACGGAGCCAUGUUCCACCGGAAUCGGUGGUGACAUGUUCAUUCUCUUCUACGAUGCGGCCACGAAGCAAGUAAAGGCAAUGAACGGGUCGGGCCGCUCAGGCGCCAAGUGUACCUUGGAGACCAUCCGCAAGGACCUCAACAUCCCCGACGGUACUGAGGGCAAGAUUCCCAUGUCCAGCGUUCAUGCCGCUACGGUUCCCGGAGCUGCGGCCGGAUGGGUCGAUACCGUCGAGAGGUUUGGUAGUAGGAAGCUCACUAUGAGCCAAAUCCUAGGGCCGGCCAUCAAGCUGGGAGAGAAAGGCUUUCCCGUCUCCGAGGUGGCAUCACACUCUUGGCAAGCCUCCGAAAAGUCGCUUCGGGCGGCCUCUCCCAAUUUCGCAGAGAUGCUCAAGAAGGAUCCCGCCGCAAAGGAUGGGGUCAGAGCGCCUCGACCGGGCGAGAUCAUGAAGGUCCCUGAACUGGCAAAGACAUUCCGAACUCUAGCCACCGAGGGCAAGAAGGGCUUCUACACCGGUCGCAUUGCGGAGGAGUACGUAAAGGUGGUGCAGGACCUCGGAGGCCACCUGGAACUGGCCGAUCUCGAGCACCACUUGCAGCAGGGCAGCGAGCCGGUCGAGCCCAUAUCGGUCAAGUUCCGAGGCCAAGGACUCACCAGCGAGGGCAAAGACGAAGGAGUCGAGCUCUGGGAGCACCCGCCGAAUGGACAGGGCAUUGUUGCUUUAAUGGCGCUAGGUAUCGUCCAGGAGCUGGAGAAGCAAGGUAAGAUCCCCAAGUUCGGACCCGAGGACUUCAACACAACGCUAUACCUCCAUGCCAUUAUCGAGGCUCUUCGCCUCGCCUUUACAGACGCCAGCUGGUAUGUCACCGAUCCGAAUAUCACAAAGGUCCCGACAGAGGGAUUGAUCUCUCCGGAAUACCUGGGUGAGCGGGCCAAGCUGUUCAACCCUUCCAAGGCACAUGACCCAGUGGCUCACGGAAACCCGCCAUUCGCCUCACCAGCCCUUCAAAGCAGCGACACGGUCUAUUUCACAGUCUCUGAUGCCGCCGGCAAUGCUGCGUCGUUUAUCAACUCCAACUACGGCGGCUUUGGCACGGCCAUCAUUCCCAAGGGUUGUGGGUUCACGCUGCAGAACCGUGGUGCCAACUUUUCACUCUCCGCGGAACACCCCAACAAGCUCGAGCCCCGAAAGAGGCCCUACCACACAAUCAUCCCGGGAAUGGUAACGAACCUCAGCGACGGAUCCCUGCACUCCUCCUUUGGCAUCAUGGGCGGUUUCAAUCAGCCGCAGGCUCACCUGCAAGUGCUUCUUGGUCAGGUCGUUGCGAAGCUCAACCCGCAACAGGCUCUCGACGCCCCGAGAAUAUGCAUCGGGGCCGGUAUGCCAGAGCACGGAGGGGUGCUCGACUGGACGGUCAACGUGGAGGAGGGAGUCGCGGAGGAGACUGUCGAGGGACUGAGGAAGUUAGGGCACAAGGUGGUCGUUCUCAAAGACUGGAAGAGGGGCAUGUUUGGCCGGGGCCAGAUCAUCCGAUACACUGUUGACCCAGUCGACAAGACGCCGCUCUGGUCGGCAGGAAGCGACAUGAGGGCGGACGGAGCCGCAUAUCCUUUGUAG